UUAAUUUUUUGGUGCAGAAUUUUUAAUAUUUUGGUGCAAAAUUCCCCCAGGAGUAUAGAAGCUUGAGAUGGAAAAGGCCCCGGAUGGCAUCUCCUCUAGCCCAUCCCUUGCUGCAGUGACUUCUUCCCCCAGCAGGUGAAUAGUGCCUUGUCCAAUUCAAAUUGUCCCAGGUGGUGCGGGGAGAGAUUGCCCUGGCAACAGCCCCCAGCAGGGUUUGCGUCCCAGACCAAAGCACCGAACUUGUUGCCACCAGAGCUAAAGGAACAGUUGUAUGAGCUGGUAGCAGUAGCAGGCUGUUACCCUCCAGCCACUGGAGAGAACAAAGUCACAUGCUUUGUAAGUAUGUUGCACCUUGUCAGGAAUUUAUACUAACUCUCAGUCUAAAUGUUCUGUUCCUCCACUGUCUCCUGGUCUUUUCCUGGUACCUGCCUAAGUGGUUCCCUGUCCACACUCCAGACCCCUCCCGCAUUGUGCGUGUUGAGUGGAACAGGGAGGGACACGUUCAGAGUUGGCGUCUCUGUCCCAUUGCAGAUGGCGGCUAAUGACAGUUUCAGUCUGGCGUAUCCGGGCAACCCCCAGCCCGGGGACCUGAUCGAGAUUUUCCGGCCGGCUUAUCAGCACUGGGCUCUGUAUCUGGGGGAUGGGUACAUCGUCAAUGUGGCACCUGUCGAGGAAGGUGCCGCGUCGUCGCUGGCGAGUGCCAAGUCUGUGUUCAGCAGGAAGGCCCUGGUGAAGAUGCAGCUCCUGAAGGACGUGGUGGGGAGCGACACGUACAGAAUCAACAACAAGUACGACGACGUCUACGUGCCGCUGCCCGUGGAGGAGAUCAUCCGGCGUUCGGAGUUCCUCAUCGGCCAGGAGGUGUCCUACGACCUCCUCGGCAACAACUGCGAGCACUUUGUGACACUGCUGCGCUACGGGGAGGGGGUCUCUGAGCAGGCCAACAGAGCAAUCAGUGCCAUUGGGUUUGUAACAGCUGCUGCUGGUGCUGUCUCAUUGCUGGGCUUUUUCCAGAACAGAUCCAGGGAGCGGCAUUAUUAACCACGUACCAUGAUAAACUUACAGCAUGUGACGGUUGGAUUCCAGACUGGAAUGGAACCAGCUCAGUCCAUGGAUAAAGCUACAAUAGACACUUGUUGCCAAGGACGUCAUUGUUGCCAAGGUCACUAGCUGUAGUUUUUGUCAUAGCAACUUGUAUUCAGUUGCAGAUGAUGAUUUUCUUGCUAGCCUCAGUGGACUCCCUGGCAAAUUCUUCAUCCUCACUGGUGCUGUUUUGCUGGGGACUGGGCCCGUGAGCCAACAAAAGCGCUUUAUACACAAUUGAUGCUGACCGUGUUUUUAUAGAUUUGGCUUGCUGGGGUUUUUCAGUGAAUAAUUUAUAUUUUUUUACCUGUUUGGAGAAAUGUCUUUAUGUGUUUUUAAAAAGAAUAUUCAUGAAACUUACCAAUAUUCUGAGGGGCCUUUUCCCCAUCCCACCACCGGUGGGUUUUACAAGUGGAAGAUCUCAACUGCUUAGAUUUGUGGUGUGUGCUGUGUGGUGUGGUCCUGUGCACAAGGGCGUACGCUGCGCCUGCGAGGCCGGAACGCACAGCUGCUCUCCAGGUCACAGGAGAUGGGACGCAGGGGCAGGCCCCUUCUCUUGAAAGGAGAGACGGGUCCCUUCUUAUUUUUAAAUGGGUGUUUUGUCUUGGAUGUGAUGCUCUUUUGCUUUAAGAAACAGACCUUUUUCCCACCGGUGAAAUGAUUCCUGUGUGCUAUUCCUCUGGGCCGGUCUGGUUCACUCUCAGACCACCACGGGGAGGCAGAACCAAGAACGCCACCGCAGCAUUUUCUGGCUACUCUGUGCUCCUGCCCAGCACCCACUGUUUUUCUGGACUGCCUGUGCUCAGACAGGCUGCUACAGCUGGUAACUGCUAGCACUGAACCCUACCUCUCCUGGUUUCUUCGUGACCCCGGGGCUUGGACCUGCCCCGAGCCAAGAUGGGGAAAAUAACUCUAAAUCCUGCAAAACCAGUCCUUGGUCUGGAGCUGUUCACCUCCCAGAGCCUCGGCCAGAAACUGAGCUGGAGCCCGUGUUUAAAUUCAGUUCUUGGUCGUUUCCGCCUGCUGGUUGGAGGGUCGAUCCAGCGUUCCUGAAGUGGUGCGGGGAAGGUGCCCAAGAAAGCAAGUUGCGUGUAUUGCAGAUUCUGUUCGCAUCCGUUCACCUUCCAGUCCCAUGUGGGUGACUCCUGGGUUUUGUAAUGACUCUGGUUUUGUGCUUGAGUGAUUUAGCAGCGUUCUCACUGGCUCGCAGCUAGUGUAACUGGCCCACAGGUUUGGACGUGUUCUUUGAAGCCUGAAAACAAGAUACUACGGUGCUGGCUGUCACGCUGUGCCACUCACUGACUGCAGUCGUGCGCAGGCCAACCCACGGUCUGGCUCAGGGUAUUUACUGCAGAGUUUUGUCUGCUGUUGAACACAUCCCUACUUGAAUCAGAGCUUUUUUAUUGUCAGUUGUUUCCGUGUUUGUGGGACUGAGUCUGACGUUCAGUUGUAUAUUAUAGUGCACUGUUGUCUAGUGUUUCCCUUUCUUCUUAAGCUAAAUUGGAUAUUAAUUACAGCAAAAAACAAACGCCUUCUUCCUAUUAUAAUAAAUCUGAAAAUAAAUCUGAG